AUGACCUCUUCAACCACUGCUACAGAGGCGUACGCGUCGAGUUGGUGGUGGAUUCAGAAUCAGAAGACCCGAUAUGCUCUUUGUCUGCUGAUGACUAUUAUGAACGUAGCCCUGUUUGCUGUGACCCUUUUUUGUAUUUUCUAUUUUGUGCAGGCUCUGGAUGUGGAAGGUAGUGGUGAUGAUAACCUUAUUGAACAGAGUGUGUGGAAUACUGUGGAUGAUAAGGUAGUAGAAGCUCUAGGCGGCUUGGAUGACGAACUUUUAACCGAACAUGUGUGUAACGAUUCAACGAUCACUCAGCUACAGCAGGAGAUCAUCUUGACAACACAUAACGAAUUACGAAGAUCACUGGCUUAUGGGAAGCAAAGAAACAAAAGAGGUCUCAUGAACAGUGCGAGAAAUAUGUAUAAACUGGAUUGGGAUUGUGAACUAGCUGCCAUUGCUGCCAAUUGGUCAGCUUCUUGCCCACAGCACUUCAUGCCUCAAUCGGUACUUGGUUCAAACGCUCAACUUUUUAAGCGAUUCUAUUUCUAUUUCGAUGGACAUGAUUCUACUGUACAUAUGAGAAACGCUAUGAAAUAUUGGUGGCAGCAAGGAGAAGAGAGAGGAAAUGAGGACCAUAAAAACAGAUUCUAUGCAAGACGAAACUACUUUGGUUGGGCAAAUAUGGCGAAAGGAAAAACCUAUCGUGUUGGAUGUUCAUAUAUUUUGUGCCCGGAUUCGGAGUCAGCUUUGUUCACCUGCUUGUAUAAUGAAAAAGCUCAAUGUGAGAAAGAAAUGAUCUAUGAAAAUGGAAAACCAUGCUGUGAAGACAAAGAUUGUUUCACCUAUCCAGGUUCCAAAUGCCUUGUACCUGAAGGAUUAUGUCAAGCACCUCAGAUGACCAAGGAUACUGGAGACAGUAUGCAGUGUAACAACCCACAAGUUUCAGAUGUCACUAGAAACUUUACACUGGAACAGCAUAACUUUUAUAGAUCUCGACUUGCAAAGGGAUUUGAAUGGAACGGUGAAACAAACAGCUCUCAACCAAAAGCAAGUCAGAUGAUCAAAAUGGAAUACGACUGUAUGUUAGAACGAUUUGCUCAGAACUGGGCAAACAAAUGUGUUUUUGCCCAUUCUUCUCAUUACGAAAGACCGAAUCAGGGACAAAAUCUGUAUAUGAGUUCUUUUGCGAAUCCCGAUCCUCGAAGCCUUAUACAUACGGCAGUCGAGAAAUGGUGGCAAGAAUUGGAGGAGUUCGGCACUCCAAUUGAUAACGUAUUGACGCCCGAACUAUGGGAUUUGAAAGGGAAAGCGAUUGGACAUUACACUCAGAUGGCAUGGGAUCGUACUUACCGUCUCGGUUGUGGAAUUGCGAACUGCCCGAAAAUGUCAUAUGUGGUUUGUCACUAUGGACCAGCUGGGAAUAGAAAGAACAAUAAAAUCUACGAAAUUGGAGAUCCGUGUGAAAUUGACGAUGAUUGUCCGAUUGGAACAGACUGUGAAAAGACAACUUCUUUAUGUGUGAUCUCAAAAUAA